GUUCGCAUGCGUUUCCGGUUGUAAAAGUUUUCUUUCGAUUUUUACUUCGAUCUCCAGUGCGAUUUCCGUUAGAGCUGACCGUAAAGCGCAGAACUGUAGGCAAUACUAUUUGAAGUGCCGUCGGAAAAACUGAUUUUACGGAUUCUAAAUACAUUUUGUGAAAAUAAAAGUGGAAAUUGUAACUACCGUAAAUUAUUGGAUUACCGUUUGAAUGGAUUGAAGUGGAAAUUGAAUUAAAUGCAGCUGUAAUUCAAUUGUUUGAAAAAAGAGACCGAAUCAAAGAGACCAAAGGCAGACGACAACAACUUGGAGACAGUGGGAAAUACCUAAGCAUGCUGCAGAAUCCUUCCAAAUAUCACGCAAAUCCCUUGUCGCACUUCCUGGCAUUGCAUAACACACAAGCCAGUGGCGGAGGCGGCGGCCUGGGCUCAGGGGUCGGCGGAUUGGGAGGCUUGGGUGGGGGCAUCCCUGCACAUGGUCAACCGCAUCAUGCGGCACUGGCAGCAGCUGCUGCAGCGGCAGCCGCCGUCUCGGCGGGUCAGAGUUCAUACCAAAUGGAGCACCAGCAGCAACAUCAUCAUCUGCAGCAGCAGCAACAGCAUCAUCAGCAGCAGCAACAGCAGCUCCAUUCCCACCACCAGGAUGGCCACCACCCACACCCACCGACAACAGGAAGUAGCAACAACAGCACCACCAGCAACAACAACAAUAGUAACAGCAGCAACAACAGCCAUAGUAGCAACAGCAACCACCGGGAACAUUUGGCCACUGCGACGUCGCACGCGCAGCUCAUCGAGGCGGCAGCGGCGCAUUCCUCCCUCGACGUGGGCAAGUCCUUUACCAUCGCCGCCAUUUUGGGCCUGCAAAGCCAGCGCAAGGACUACAACAAUGCCAUCAAUCUCUCCCUGCACGACAACAACAACAUUGCCGAAGACAACAACAAGUGCUACCUGAGCAACAACAGUGGUAGCAACAACAACAACAGCCAGAGUGUAAACAACUUUAAUUGUGAUAGUGGUGCCGGCAAUGGACGUUACCUGCACGGUGGACAUCCGCAUCCACAUCCUCACCAGACGGGAUUUGCGGCAGUUGCUGCCGCUGUGGGAGCAGCUCCCUCUGCACUGCAGAGCCUACAGCAGCUCCAUCAGCAACACCACGCCCAACAGCAGGCCACAUUGAGCUUUCAGCGGGAAAAACUGAAGUCAGACUCUCACAAGAAAAGUGCUCUGAAAAAUAAGCGCGUUCGGACAAUCUUUACGCCGGAGCAAUUAGAAUGUCUGGAGGCGGAGUUUGAGCGUCAACAAUACAUGGUUGGACCAGAGCGGCUCUACCUGGCGCACACACUUAAGCUGACAGAGGCGCAGGUGAAGGUUUGGUUUCAGAACAGAAGGAUCAAGUGGCGGAAGCAUCAUCUGGAACUCACACAACAGCGACUGGCCUUGAUUCGACAGACUCAACUGCCAGGUACGUCGAUCUUAGGAAAUCAGGUGUCAGUUGCUGCUGCCAAUGCGACACAUUCUUCGUCCACUGAUAUCACAACCGGAUGCAGUGCAGCUUCGCCUAGCUUGCAAGAUGAGGACAAUGAGGAUAGUAAGCACUCUCUGUCGCUGUCCGGUGUCAUGCCGCCGCUGAGUCGUGCUCAAUCUGAGUCGGAUCUUUCCAUAUGCAAUGACUCCCUGGACGGCGAUAGUCUCAUGGAUGGCAGCGAAGAGGCCUAAAUACCAUAAAGCAAGUUUCCUGUAAAUAUAGUCCAAAUAAAUAUGUAAAAUAU